GGUCGGGGCGCUGGUGCUCGCCGUGGCGGCGGCGCAAUUACUACCCGUGUGUGAUGAAAGCCACACGGACACGGGGGCGCUCGAGGUGAUGCAGCACGUGGAUCGCAGCACGUAUCACAAUGAGCGCAUGCCGUUGACGUGGUCGUGGGAGGCGCGGUAUCCCCGGCUGAUUGCGGCGGUGACGGCCGCGGGCAUUGUGGGACUACUUGUUCAACCUGUGCUGCGGGGCAAUGGGGCCCGGGGCAGCCAUGUGGCCACUUUCCUGUCGCAUUUGCUGGUCGCGAGCGGUGUGCUGCUUGGCAUGGCCAUUUGGUCCUUCUACUUGUGAAGCACGUGCUGGUCAGUGCUAGCGAAGGGCAUUCAAAAGUCUCUCUGUACUGCAGGUAGAUACUCCAACAUAUCACAAAUGAAGUCAAACACCCCGGCACGGCACGAGGCACGUGGAAUCCUUCCAACCGCCCCUCGUGUCGUCUCAAACCUGAGCAAUCGUCGACGCCUCGUACCUGCAGCGGGGAGGAGGAGGAUGAGGUGCUUUAGGGCGGAAGCUACGGCUCCACCUGCAGCCUCGGCUUGGAUUAGCACAGCAGGUGUCAAGCUAUAAAACAAGUGUC